AUGCUGCUUCAAAACCCGGAGCGCUUUCGUUCUGAAUGCCCCUUGUCCGAACGCACCCUCCCAGAACGUCUUCUGGCGUCGUGUUUUCCGUUCUGCCACCCAUUAACGCGCACAGCUGAUCCCGUAUCCUCUCUAGAAGCUGCUGAUGACGUCAGCGUCCGACUCGCUGACGCAAACCACGCGCUUCACGAUAGCGAUAACGAUGAGGACGAUAAUAACGAGGACGUCAGGAGUGGCUCUUAUGCGCGUUCUCUGCUGCCACGUGUCAUCGGAUCCCUAUGCCGCUGCCUGCCUUGGCAUUGGACGGGGAAUGAAAAUCAUGGCGCGGCGAGGCGGUUAGGAGGACCUGCUACUCGUAGGUCGAAUCAAAUAGCGAGGCGAUUAGGAGGAGCGGCGGAGGAGGAGGAGGCGCAAGCUGGCGGGGACGAGGAGGAGGGGACUGUGAGGGUAGCGGAGGUGGAAGUCCGGGGGAAGGAGGAAGUGGGGGGUGAGGGAGACGAGGAGGCGAGGGAGGAGGGAUCGAAAGAGGUCAAGGGGGAAGGGGAUAAGGAGGAUAGGGUGGAGGGAGAGGAAGAGCAACCUCCGGUGUAUCUGAGAUUCGAAAACCAGACUGAAGCAACAGUGGACGUGCUGUGGCUGUCGCACACAGGCGAGGAGCACUCCUAUUUCAUCCUCCUGUCCGCCUGCUGCAACACGCAGGCGACCUUUGAGGGGAACGUGUGGCUCGUGCGUGAUGCUGCCACCAAGACGCUGUUGCACAGAGUGAAGGUCGCCCUGUGUUCCUUAGCUGGCUGUCGGCAAAGAUACCUCAUCGGCCCACGGCCAUCUCAGCAGCGCAUGCUGCUUGCCGCUGCUAACAGUGAUGCUGAUGCUGCUGCUGCUACUGCUGGUGGUCGCGGUGGUGAUGCUGCUGAUGGUGGUACUGCUACUGCUGGUGCUGCCUCCAUCAGUGGCAAGCGAGUGGUAACGGAGGACGAAGCCGAGAGGGACGUGCGUGUGCCAUCGUGCUACAGGCAGGUGGUCGGCACGGCAGUGGGCGUGCCAGUGGUGGCGCAUGGGCAUGUGUGCAUGCAGGCGCUCUGUGCUGCUGCUGACAUCGUCGAACAUAUGCUGGCGCUCACCCCACCUGAUGUGGUAACCCGGUUACAGGAAAACUGGUGCAAGGUGGCGGUGAUUGGUCGAGAGCAGGUGACGACGGACAUACUGGAGCACUCGCACCUGAGGGGGACUCGCACAGAUGAUGGCCGGGACUGGGACCAUGAGGUGAGAUUGGGGAGGGUGAGAUGGGGGAGGGUGAGAAGGAUGCGAGGUGGGGGAGGGAGAGAUGAGAGGAGUAGGCGAGAGCGGAGGAGGAACGACCUGGUGGUAUGGGUCAUGGUUCUCAGGUAG